AUGGCAACCAGCAGCGGUGAGCAGAAUCACCUCGACGGCCACAGCGGUCUCAUCUUGGCUGUUUUCUGCGUGGUUUCCAUCUUCGUUAUCUGGCCGAUGAAGAUUCCACUAUCCAGGGUACUACAACGGCCACUUCUUGUGUCGCUGCAAAAAGCACACAUCAUCGGUGAUGAGGAUUUCCACACUCUUUGCAAUUGCAAACUAUACCUCUCUCUGUCGCUUCUUACUGCUCCGCUCAUUGGUGUGAUACUUCUCUUGGCCACCACGACCAUCGAUGGGAGUACAAUAAGGCUCGGCAUCGUGGGCGACGACACCAUUCAGCCAUAUGAUGUUCUCGUUCUCUUUAUAGCCCUUGCCUACAUUGCGAUUGCUCUUGACGGGACUGGAGCGCUCGAGGCAGUCGCUUUCUACGUCUCAAAGCGUGGUGGAAGUUCUGGACGACUGCUUUUCACGUAUCUCUAUCUCUUUUUUCUACUCACUGCAUGCAUCGUUGGAAACGAUCCUCUCAUUCUCUCGGGAACCCCCUUUCUCGCAUACUUGACCCAUCACACUGGCUUGGAGCCAAACGCGUGGGUAUUCAGCGAGUUUAUGGCCGCGAACACCGCAUCCGCCGUCUUGGUCUCAUCCAACCCAACAAAUAUUCUCAUCACGGGGAGCUUUGGUCUCAAUUUCCUAACCGGAUUCACCAAAUGGACAAUUCUACCCUCACUUGUCCCUGCCGCGCUCAACUACCUAGUCAUCCUUGCCAUGUUCUGGAAUCGCAUACCCAAGACGCUUACGCCUGUCACCGAGGAUCCCUGGUCCAAGCUGCGCGACCCCAUUGGUGCAAUCUUCUUGGGUGUCCUCCUGCUCGUAACAGUUGCUGUGCUGGUAGGGACUAGCUUUGUUCCCAAACACGCGGUGGAAGUAUGGAUGGUAACUGCACCGGCAGGCGUCCUUGGAUUUCUAUGGGAUCUCGGAAGCGACUGGUUCAGGCCCCGACAACAGCAGCAGAACCUUCUUCGUAGGCAAUCAAUCGACCAAACCGCCGGAAUGCAAAGACUGGAUCAUACUGGAUCCAAUGGCAGCCAGCCAGUCCCGGUGCAUCUACCUCAGCGUGAGAAGGCCUCCGCAUCGCCUGACUCAAUCCUCUCGCCGGAAGCGAAAUCCGCUGCGCCGCAUUCCCACACCACUUUCCUGUCAUUACUUCGUCGCUUCAGUCGUCGCUUUCCUGCGACUUCACGGACUAUACAACGACUGCCGAUCCCACUGCUUCCUUUCGCUAUGUGUGAAUUCAUUCUGGUGCGCGGACUCGCGCAGAGAGGAUGGAUCUCUGUCUUUGCAUCUGGAUUUGCCAAUGCUUGUAUGACGCCUGCUAGCACAGUCUUCUUCAUGGGAUUUGUCUCCGCGGCAUUUUUGUGUCCGCUCGCUGGGACUAAUAUCGGCGCAACAAUCAUCCUUGUAGAGAUUCUGCGGAACCCCAAAUUUUCACAGUCUGAGGCAGUUCUGAGGGACGAAAGAGUAUUACUUGGCGCAAUUUAUGCGGUAGCCAUGGGCAGCAACAUCGGAGCAUUUAGCUAUACCUUUGCUGGAAGCUUGGCUGGUCUUCUCUGGCGCGGUCUCCUUGCUGAUAAAGGGAUUCAUAUAUCGCAACUGAAAUUUGCGAUUGUCAAUGCCAUACCGCUUCUCAUGCAAAUCACAGUCUCAUCAGCAAUAAUUCUUGGACAGCUAUAUUGGUUUGUUUAA